AUGCAGCUUGUUUCCACUCUACUUACUGGAAACAAUUAUAGCACAUGGUCUCAUUCAAUGUGUAUUGCCCUUAGCGCAAAGAACAAGUUUGGUUUUGGUGAUGGGUUUGUGAAUAAGCUGUCAGACAAGAAAGCAAUUGAAGUUGCUCUUUGGCAGCGCUGUAAUGACAUGGUUCUUAUGUGGAUUUUGAAUUCUAUGAGUUCUGGGUUAUCAAACAGUGUAGUUUAUGCAGAAACUGCACAUGUUGUUUGGGAGGACCUCAAGACUCGUUUUUUGCAAGACAACGGUUUAUGGGAUGAAUUAUCUUCUUACGGCAGCCAUAAAAACUGCUCAUGUGGCGCCAUGGAAGAUCAUAACAAGAAAGAGGAGCAGAAUAAGGUUAUGCAAUUUCUAAUGGGGCAUGAUGAUUCAUAUGCAGCAGUGAGAGGUCAGAUUCUUCUUGUAAAGCCAUUGCCUUCAGUGCUCAAAGUUUUUUCAAUGCUUCAACAACUUUUUGCUAUGAUGGCUGGAAGUUUGCCAUAUGAAGCACAAACCAAUGCAAUCACAGGUUUGACUUCCCAUCAUUCACAAGAGUGGAUAAUUGAUAGUGGCACCACCGAUCAUGUUACGGCGCUUCCCUUAUCAAAUUCUAAUUUGAACAAAUCUUUGCCACCAGUAAAACUUAUGACUGGUGAAAGGGUUUCAAUUAGUAGUAUUGGCAAUUUUACUUUUGAUCCCAAACUUUCAUUGACUAAUGUAUUAUGA